CCUGACCCCAAUUGAGGUCACGCUUAUAAGGCAGCCUCAUGUCGGAAGCGGCGCUCACAAAACACGAAACCGGACGAACAACACGAACUGCGCUCGAACAUGAAGGUGCUUACGGCAGUGCUGCUUCUCUCGGUCCUCUCCAGUGUGAGCUGGGCAGAGUCGCAGAAGACACAAUCCGCUGCUAGUCCCUCGCAAUCAUCCUCAGCGUCCUUCAGGCAACAGCAAGCAACACAGUUCUCUACCUAUCCGCUCAACUCUGUCUAUGGACUCACCUACCAGGGCACUUACCCGCAACUCGCGUCCUAUCUUCAGCGACCCAAUGCACGUCCAUCCUUCGGAUCGCGGUUGAGGAACUUCAUGAACUCCCUCUUCUUCAGACGCAAUCAGGCAGGAUCACAGCAGUUCUACUCCGCUUCACUGCCCGUCUUCAACUACAAACCUCCAGUUGGCAAGCCAGACAUUGUGCAGUCCAAGCCAGUCCUGUACUCGGCAGCCGGUGCGUCUGGAACGCCGGGGCACAAGAUUCACUUCCCUAACUACCAAGGCACGAAGGCGUACAAGAACGCUUUGUCCGCUGCCGGUUCCUACCCGCUACCACACGCCUACUUAUCGGGAUACACGGGCAAGGUUUACAAUAACCUCUAUGGCAGCGGCCCAGACAAGUCCUACGGAAGUAAGAUCUACAACACAGGAUAUAAGGCAUAGGGCAUCGCGGGAACCAUGUGGUAACUGCAAACUCCGCUCAAAACAAGCUUGUACAUAGCGACAUCUAAAAAGAUCAUUCUUGUUCUUUUUUUAUUGAUUCCGAAGACUCUGUAGACUUUAUAAGUCAAUACACACGAUACAGCACGAGAGGGAACGCUUGGAAUCAGGGGUGAAACCAAAGGUAACCCGUGAACGAAACCAAUUCAAUCGUAGUGCAUCGAUACUGACCCGUGAAGAAGGGUUCAGAACGCGUGUGUCUCAAUGGAAACGCGCGCGGUUUUUACAGUUACCGCCCACUACUCUGACCGAUGAAAUACCCUGCACAUUUUCUCUGCAACAUGCACAGACUGUCUGCAGUGGCACGGUCACUUUACUUUCUUUACCCUAUUGCGCAUCAAACUGCAGCAUGUUUUAAGUUCGCACUGACGUGUCAGGUUGUUUUUCAACUCCCACUGACAGCACAAGACUGGCACGGGUAGCAAGGAAAAUCGCGAGCUCGGUAAAGUGGUUUUCCCCAUCCAAGUGAUAGCCUUUCUCUUGUUUUGGCUUUCCUAUUUAUUCUCAUUUUAUUUAAUAAUUUACUUUACUGUUUUGAAUCUUCAUUGUUUGUGUGUCGGUUGGUGUCAACGUUUCACUUAUUUAUUUUCAUUUAUUAUUCGGUAUGAACUUCUAAUUGACCCGAAACUGCUCCCGCCUUGAUUUGUGACGUGGAACUGCGUGCAUGAGAAAUGCACAAGCAAUCGAACUGACAGCACGGUGAAUGCGGAUGUGACAUUGUUGCUGUGAUAUGUGCACGUCUGAGUAAAAAUUUACGAACAAAUG